AUGUCGGCGGUUUUCAGAGAAGGAGCUACUGCUCUUAUCACUGGAGGCGCCUCGGGAAUUGGUCUCGCCACAGCGAAAUUCUGCUAUGCUCAGGGCAUGAAUGUAGUCCUGCUCGAUAUCAACAAGGAUGCUCUCUCAACAGCAGCAGCGGAGUUACCUUCAACUUCAACUAAAACAACAUCUACCUUUGAUAUCGACGUGUCUGCGAAGGACGCCUGGAAGAAAGUCCAGCAUGAUGUCCUUGCGAAACAUCCAUCUGGUAUCGAUUUCUUGAUGCUUAAUGCCGGCACUAGCAUCCGACCUGCGGAAGGCAAAACCCCGUGGCAAGAUCCUGAAUAUUUUGAAAAGACAAUCGCCAUUAACACCUUUGGAUAUAUUCAUGGACUGGCAGCCUUCCUCGACAUCGUCACAAGUGAAAAGACGGAACAGCGGGCUAUUGUUCUUACUGGCUCUAAGCAAGGAAUAACAAACCCUCCAGGAAAUCCAGCAUAUAAUGCUUCGAAAAGUGCAGUCAAGACAAUCGCCGAACAAUUAUCCUUUGAUCUACACACCAGCAAUCCAAAUGUGGGAGUCCACUUGUUGAUCCCAGGUUGGACCUAUACAGGGCUGACGACACGUUAUUUCAAAACCAAACCCGACGGUGCCUGGACAUCGGAGCAAGUAGUCGAAUAUAUGACUGGGAAAUUGGCCGAAGGGGUUUUUUAUAUUUUAUGCCCAGACAAUGAGGUGACUGAAGAGUUAGACCGGAAGAGGGUGGUCUGGGGGUGUGGAGAUCUUGUUCACGAUCGACCGCCAUUGUCACGCUGGAGAGCCGAUUGGAAGGAAAAGGCAGCGAAAGGAAUCCAAGAUAUUAAAAUGUAG